AUGUUUCGCAACAGAAGAACAUCACAAAAGCCGGACGAAGAGCUUAUCAGCAAGUUCAAGAAGACAUUUCCCGAUGUCAAUUCGACAGGCCCAAUGCCCAGCGAUAGUAGGCAUACCGGCUCCAUCAACCCGGCAGCAGUAGAAGGGGGAAUGCCUGGCCAACCCGAUGAAGAUGAGAUCAAAGUCAACGAUCCGACUCCCAGAAACCUUCAAGACCUUCGAUUCACGCCGUCCCUAAUGGAUCCAAAUUCUUUUCAAUUUAUGGCACUAGCCAAUCAACCUCCAGGCUAUUAUACACCUACGCCUGGAGGAUUGACAACGAUAUAUCACCACCAAGCCGGUGACCUCCACACACCACUUGGCUACAACCUUGUCACACCUAUUUCCAUGCCCAACACGCUUUCAGCCGGCUUCCCCGCCGGUCCCAACGGAGAAUUGCACGUCAACCAUUUCCCCACCCAGCAGCAACAGUUUAUGCCACAACACUACAACCCCUAUGUUCAACAAACAGCCUUUGCGCCAAGUGCAUUUAUGCACCAAGACUCGGCAUACGACCCUAUGGACAGAUCAGAAGAAUCUUCGAUGGAUCAGGUGACCGUGCCAGGUGCUCAACCGAUGAAUCUGAUGAUGCCUAGCGUUGGCUUUGAGGAUCAAAUGGAAGUGGCCUCGGAAACAGAUAGCGAGAAGUUUCGAUUUAGCGUCACUUUGCGCGCUCCUACAGCCAUGGUUAAACAUGCAGAUGAGAUUCCGGUGACUUAUCUUAACAAAGGUCAAGCGUACUCAAUCUCAGUCGUUGACACAUCGCCGCCUCCACCGGGCGUGCAACUCCGCAAGUAUCGAACUUAUAUCCGUGUUUCGUUUGAAGAUGAACAGCAGCGAUCCAAGCCUUCUUCUUGCUGGCAAUUAUGGAAGGAAGGACGUGGUUCGAGCGAAGCCCACCAAAGAGGCGGAAAAUUACUUGCAGUGGAAUACGUCGAUCCCAACCAGGGUGCAGAGGGCGACCAGAGCCAGCGUCAAGUGGAGCUUGAAAAGGCAUCCUUUGAUGGUUUCUGUGUUACUUGGACCGCAAACUCUGCGAGCGCUUCCGCCGACUGUGCGGUCUCUGUUCGUUUCAACUUCCUGUCAACCGACUUUAGCCACUCCAAAGGUGUCAAGGGUAUCCCCGUCCGAUUUUGCGCAAAGACCGAAAUCCUUUCUCCCAGCGACACGACACCUGAUCUGCCCAUGUCCGAGGUCUCUUACUGCAAAGUCAAGCUUUUCCGUGACCAUGGCGCGGAGCGCAAACUCUCCAACGAUGUCGCCCACGUCAAAAAAACGAUGGAGAAAUUAAAACAACAAAUGGCCCAACUUGAGAUGGGUGGAGUCAAAAUUCCCAAGAACAAGCGAACGUGGUCCAUGGACUCGCAAGAAAACGGCGGCAAGCUCUCCCCGGAAGACGAUCUUCAUUUGAAAUACGCGAUGAUGCAAGACAUGUUCUCGUCGACCCGACCCGUCAGUGUUCUCGGUCUCAGGGGCGACGAUCAAGAUGAUCCUGAUCUGUUCCCCGUCGUAUUACCCGGUGAUCUACAAGAGUUCAAGUUCGAAGGACUCUCCCGCCGGAGUACUCGCGAGUCGCUGUGCAGCAAUGACGCAGCUUCUGGCAUUUCUCACAUCCUUUCUCCCUCCAACAGCAGCUUGUCGAACACCAACUCUCCACGGCGGCCUCCGGAAACACAGUUAUCGAACCAGAUCUAUAUGAGUCAGGAUGAGGGCAUGGAGUGGUCUAAUGCCGCCCUUCCCACACAACCUGUAAAGGUCAAAAAAGGUGCAACGGGAUACAUCGAGGCUAUCGACAUCGAUCCAACCUACAGACCGCCAGCAGAACGCCCUCCCAAACCAAUUGCAUGUUUCUAUAUUCGAUUCCUUGACGAGCAAAAUGGUGAUUACUACAGAGCCGUCUAUCUAACCGAGAGGACAGUCCAAGAUCUCAUGACCAAGAUUUCGGAGAAAUACAAGAUUGAUCCAGAUCGCAUUGUCCGAAUAUUACGUGUCAGCCGAGAAGGAGUCAAGGUUAUGGUGGACGAUGAUGUGGUUCAGCAACUGCCCGAAGGACAAGACAUGCUGGCCGAAAUCAUCGAGACGUCGAAAUUAGAGGUUACUACUCCGGAUAUCAGUACUCCUCCGACGGCAGCGGUGGAAGUCAAGUUGACUUACUAA